AUUAUCUUUGUUCGCCAGAAGAAAACGUCCACAUGAUCGACUUCACCCGGUUUAAAAUCCGUGACAUGGAGACGGGGACAGUCCUGUUUGAGAUCACCAAACCUCCAGCACCAGCAGGAGGUCUAAAACACUGCGACCCCACCGCCGGGCGUUUCGUCCGAUACCAGUUUAGCCCAGCCUUCCUGCAGCUGCGGCAGGUCGGAGCCACAGUGGAGUUCACGGUGGGAGACGCCCCCAUCAACAACUUCCGCAUGAUUGAGAGGCACUACUUCCGCGACCAGCUGCUAAAGAGCUUCGAUUUUGAGUUCGGCUUCUGUAUGCCCAGCAGCAAGAACACGUGCGAGCACAUUUACGAGUUCCCCACGCUGUCCGAGGACAUCAUGCGCGAGAUGAUCCAACAUCCCUACGAGACACAAUCUGACAGCUUCUACUUUGUGGACAACAAGCUGGUGAUGCACAACAAAGCAGAUUAUUCCUACAGUGGGGGGCCGUAGGAAGACCUUGUCUGCGCAGUUGAGGACAUUUUUCACAUGAAGUGAUGAACUAAUCACUGGCAAUAACUCCUGUCCUCUCACUCCUCUCAGAUCCACACAUUUUCAUUCAGGGACUCUGCUGCCUGGCCCAAUCAGAUUCCUCCGUUCGCCUCUUUUUCUUUGCAGGAACAGGAAAUUCUGCCAGUUUCAUCAUCGGUUUGAACACGAGCGAGCGUGUGGGCAGCAAACACAUGCGGCGUCUGUACAUAAUGUCGAGUACCACUUGAUCAUCAGGGGAGAAUUGUUCAUUUUAUUUGUCUUAAAAUGAAGAAAAAACGAGUUGAGAGGUUCAAACGUGCAGUGGAAGAUAAAAUGAGUUCAUUUUUUAAAGCAUUCUGAGUUAACAGAGCACAAAAAGAAAGGAAAUUUGUAUUUGGUCGAUAUUUUCUUUGAUAAGAUGAUGUUUCUUGGCAAUAAAGGCAAAAUAUUGGCAGAUUUUGCGAAGAUAAAUUCUCAGCAAAUGUUAAAGAGCUUUUUCUUCAAUUAACUAUUGUUUGUUCAUUUUUAUCUUAUUUUAUUUUUGGAUUUAAGGAUUAAAGUCAGAAGAMACAAGACAUUUUGGCAAUCAAGAUUUCAUUUAUUGAAUAAACAAGAGCUGUCAUAGCACGUGGAAGAACCAUACACAGCCACAAAAGCCAGGCUCCUCCUGCUCAUUUGAACAUUUAUUAUUAACAAGAAAAUAAAUCAACCAAACACAAAAUUACUUACUUUUUGUGCUAAGUUUAAAUUAUAUUUAUAGUUUAGAUAGGAGCAUUUUUACUCUUAAAUGUAUAGAAAUAUAACACAUCUCUGAAGAAUUUAGCUGAAUGAGUACUCUGUCCUUGUGAAUGUUGUUUGUUUUUAUCUUCGUGUACAUCAGGAGUAUUUUUUAAUGAAUAGCCUUUUCUUGAAGAGUCAGAAAACAUGUUAGAUAAAAGUCAGGAAACAGUUUUGAUAUCAGACACUUUACACUSUGUAAACUUUUAAUUAUGAUAAAUGUUUUAACUGUAAAAUGGUGGGGAAAGAAUGUAAAGUUUUGUCAUAAAUGACAUCAAUGCAAUAAAAAAUAUUUUUUUGCAAACUC